GGGAAUGCAGGGCGGACCUGGAACUCGGCAUCAAAUAUGACGUGUUUCUUUUCGUGGACAGUUGUUCAAAAGCAGGGCUCCAAACCGUUCCGUUGCACUUUACUGUUCUAACCACUACACUAUGAUCCGCACUACCAUUCGCCGCAUUUCUUCCAACACCCAAAUGAUCAAGCGUCUUUCUUCUGGAGGUCCCUCCGAAGGUGCCACCGUUACCUCCAAGGGUGGUAUCAGUGACAAGGAGAAGGCUGUCGAGAACCAGUGGGCUCGUCUUCACGAUGCUGAGAAGAUCAAGGCUCUCCGUGAUGCUCUCCAGAAGCAGACCGAGGCCACCGAGUCGCUCAAGAAGGAUAUUGAAGAGCUCAAGAAGGGAGCCAAAUAAGUUCACCACAUAAUCCAACUGUUGUGGAGUAAGUCCGCAUAGGUUACCUAUAAUAAAACACAGCUUGUAAAAAUGUAGCCAAAGGCAUUUAGUUGGGACGUGAUGUUGAAAGCUUUAUUGACUAUGCUAUGCUGCGCGGGUCGGGGAAACGUGCAAGUUAGCCAACCAGUUAUAAGAUAGCGUUGAGGAU